AUGGCUGGGGAAAUAGUUUAUGCUGAUUUAAGGCAUCCUGGGGCCGGUUUUUCUCCUGCCGAGAAGCGUCACGCUCCUGCCUUGUGCCCACAGUGGCACGGGGUCCUCCUCAAAGUCAGUGGGCUGGGGCACCUCAUCCUGCUGGUGCUGGUGGUGGUGCUGAGCGUGCAGGUUUUUCAGGGCUCUCUGCAGCCAGCGAUGACAAGCAUUCCCUCGCAAGGCGAUGAGAUCCGGGCAAGGAACCACACGGAGCGAUGCCUGAUUUCAUCCCUGAUGCAGUAUUUCUGCGAGCCCCGGCAGGACAGCCCCGCAGCCCGUGCCGGCUGCAAGCUGUGUCCCCAGGACUGGCAGCUCCACGGGGACAGAUGCUACUGGCUUUCCAAGGAAACAGGAAAUUGGAAUCAAGGCAAGACAGGCUGCGAAAAUCAGAAGUCUCAGCUGGUAGUGCUCCGGAACAAGAAAGAAAAGGAGUACAUCAAGAUUAUCACAGGCGGAGGCAUACAGCCGGUGUGGAUCGGAUUAAUAUUCCGCAAGAAGUGGAUAUGGAUGGACAACACAUCCUUUAAUAUCAAAAUGUUUGGCACCCUGCAGGAGGUGGAUGAAGGGUGCGGGACACUGAAAGACAAGGGGUUCGAUGGCGAAAUCUGUGAAGGCGACCACAAGUGGGUUUGCCAGAAAGACCCUUUCCCGCUCUCCCCACCGAUGGCAGGAGACGGAGAGAAAUGCAACGCCUCCGUCUGACACGUGCCCAUCCCGAAACGCCCAGCCUGCGAGACGCUCCCCGCCAAUAUUUGGGGUGAAGCCAGCCCUGUCUUCACCGUUACGGCUCUGCGAGAGAUCUCAGGGUUUGCAAAU